AGACACUUCAUGCAUCGCCCCGGAGAAGCCACAGAGUCGGUUUUUGUUAUGAAUCCGGAUGGCUGAGUCUCGGAGAAUUCAGUUUACCACUUUGUCCAGUGAUGUACCUUCAUCCUUUGACAAGCCGGCCGCGGUCCGAAAGUCUCCGCCCGAUGUUGUGCAGGUGAAAGAAACCCGUCCGGACCAACCCGCCGACCCCGACACAGUCCGACUGGUGCUGACAUUAUUUGAGCCUGAUGACCGCAGUUUUCCAGAGUUCAGCUACGGCCAACUUGUUGACAACAAGAUCCACCACGCAAACGGCGAAGUCCCACUGAGCAGAUUUGAGGAAGAUGAGGUUGAGGAUGAGGUUUUGGCUAUUGCAAAGAAGCUGGAGGAAAAAUAUGGUGGCAAACCUAAGAAAAAGAAGGACCGCAUUCAGGAUCUGAUUGAUAUCGGUUAUGGUUACGAUGACGAGGAUUCGUUCAUCGACAACUCUGAGGCUUAUGAUGAAUUUGUGCCAGCCUCCAUCACAACCAAACUGGGUGGGUUCUAUGUAAACUCGGGCGUCCUGCAGUUCCGUCAGGCCUCUGACACGGAGGAUCUCGCGACGGAGGAGAAAACGCCUGAGGCCUCAAAAAAACGUAAACUCAGUCUCGGACAGAGUAAGCCAAAGAAGAAGUCGUGCAGAGAAGACGGAGAGCUGAAACACAGAGACGAUCUUAAGUCGAGCAUUUUGCCUGAACUCGGACCAGCUGAUGAGCUGAUGAAGAAGAAAAAGAAGAAGAAAGCUGCUGGCACAUUAAGCGUCACCAGCAUGCUGAAAAAGUUUCAAAGAGAGAAGGAAAAGGAGCGACAGAAAGUGGAGAAAGCAAACCAGACGGCAGCAGCAAUCACGGGGGCAUCCAAAAUCCCUCUGUGCCCUGCAGAUGCAGCCGGCGGGGGCGGCUCAGGAGUGGCUGACCCUCUCCUCACUUUGAUUGGAUCAACCAAUGAUUACGCUCUCAUCCAAGCGGCCAGCACAGUGGAUUUUGAUAUUGAUUUGGACUGUUUGUUAGAUGCCAGUGAAGGGACUUUGUCACCAAAAUUGCUUCCUGAACCCGCUGGAGAGACGCAGCGUUUCGUACCCGAAACGGACGACCACACUCAAGCCCAGACUGCAAAUCCAAACGCCAGCUCACAGCUGAAGCCUCAUUCAGAACAAAUCCAGGUCCUGUCACAAGGCGGUUCUACAUCACCUCAGCACUUUGUGCCACUACCAGAGGGACUUCCCUCAGGACUGGAGGACAGCAUUCGAAAACUCAUGGCGGCUGCCAAGACCUCAGAGGGGGAGUCAAAACUCAAGUUCUUCACUCCAGAAAUCAACUCAAUCCUGCUAGAUAUUGAGCUGCAGUGUCGGGAACAAGGAGCCCAGCUGCGCUCCAAGGUGUACACACACCUGUCGUCUUUCCUGCCGUGCAGCAGAGAUACACUCCUCAAACGUGUGAAGAAACUGUUGCUCGCACACAUGGAGGAAGCCCCUGACGUGGAGGAUCCCAUGCGCAAGCUUAAGGAGGCCAUUGGCAAAGCCAUGCCUGAGCAGAUCGCACGCUUCCAUGACAAGUGCCAAAUGGUCAAGACUUCACAACCAACAGAGGAGGAUAAAGAAGGAAAACACAAGGUGAACGCUGGCCCAGAGACCAGUGUGGAGGAGAAAGGCGGGAAGAGAGGAGGUCCUAAAAAGUUGUUCAGAUGGAAUGAAGAGAUCAGGGAAUGUUUGUGUCAGGUGAUAAAGGUGAAAAUGGAGAAGUAUGAAAAAGGGAGGAAAGGGAGCCAGGAGCUGGAGGAGUACCUGAAGACUUUGUUAGACAAUGAAGUCAAACCGCUUUGGCCAAAAGGGUGGAUGCAGUCUCGGGUGCUGAUGCGGGAGAGCAGGAACAUUUUAAGCUUGUUCACGUCAUUCUCUGUAAAGAAGGGCAGGCCUGAGAAGAAACCGCCAUCUAUAAGUGGUCCUCCUGCAACAUCCGAUGACUGUAGCACUCUCCAGGGAUCUCCACCAGAGAAAGGAUCUCCCUCUGAAGCGGACAGUGUCUUCAUGGAGGUGUCAGGCAUCUCCAAUUCUGUGUCACUCGGUGCUGUGAAGAAGGAAGUCACUGCCUUGAAAAAGGAGGAAGGUAAAACCGGAGGAAGGGUGGCCUUGGGUGCUGGUGCCUCCACACCUGCAGGCUCAGACAAGCCUCAGGCCAGCCUCACACCUGAGUCGACUCAUUUGCUUCCGAAUAUCCUUGCUGAUGAAGCGCUGCCUCGGGAGGGACCUUUCUCCAUCUCGCAUGAGCUCCUAGCAGCAGCUGUUGCAAAAUACAAACAUUCAGUUCAGCACUGGAGCUUUGUGGCCGACACAGAAAGUCCUCCUCUUCCCCCUCCGCCGCCUCAGUCCAGUCCAGUCGGUUUCCCAGUGAGCGGGUUGCAUCAGGUUGUUUUGCCGCAGCUGCUGCAGAUUGGAGACUUUGCCAGGCACAUUUCUGAUGAUGCCGACAUUACUAUACAAUGACAACUCCCAGUGCAGAUUUACACAAGAUGGAAGCAGUUUGCUUGGAGACGCACUGAUGGGGUUUUUGAACACUGGAGAAAUGAGCAACACUCAAUAAGCUAAUGUUAAUAUGAGCAGAGACGUGAACUGACUUCACGCCUGACAAAAACCUUACGAGAAACGUCUUCUGCUACUCAAAGAUUCGCCCGAUUAUGAUAACCCGUUAACUGACUUGUAUUUGAAAGGCUUUGUUUGAAAUGUAAAUGGUUUACUUUGAAUUAAUAAAUAAUAGAGAGCUUA